AACAAGACAAGUCAUGAGGUUUCCCUCUGCACCACGAGCAGAUCUUUAGCCAUCUUGUGGCUACUAGCGUUCCAUCUUCUGCGCUUCUGCCCGCUACACCCCGAAGCUUAUCUGUGGCAACUUCAACUACACUACCUCUCCAUCCUUCGUUUAAUUUGCAAGCAUCAUGGCCGGUCUUAUUUCCUCCGCAAAAAAGGCCGUCGGCAUGGAGGAAAAGCCCGCGGCGGCGACCAGCACCGAAAAGAUUGUGACGGGCACCAAGGGGCUUGCAGCGUCGGCUCAGGCCUCCGUCACCGGCGCCGCCGAGACUGUGGCUGGCACCACCACCACGUACGUUAACAAGGCCCAGGACUACGUCCACAACGCCACUGCCAAGCCGGCUGGUAAGUGAGAGCCCGGCGGCCCACGCACGUAUCUGGUUAUCGUUUAAUGUCGCUACGUACGUGCGUAGACAUGUCUCGUCUUCACAAGUAGUGUUAUGUUUAUGUUCUUAAUUUUUUUUUUGUUGUUGUUGUAUUCUCCAACGUUGUGUUUCGUUGUAUGAAUAAUGACCUACUUGUGUUGUGUGUCUGUUUUUAAUUAUCUCUGUUGGCAGUAAAAGUAGUUAAUAACUGUAGGGUCAGAUUGUGAUCAGUUAAAAUCUGUGGAAUGUACGUAAAAGUGUAUGUAUUAUAGUCCAUGAAA